GACUACCGCUGGACCCAUGAUUUAAGUCAUCAUUUUCUUAUAUUCUCUUUCCAUUUCCCAUGAUUUAGAGGUUGCGCAGAAUAAUAAGAAGAGUGAAGCAUCAUCAUUCUCUCCACUCUCGAGUCUCGGCCGUGUUCAAAUUCAAGAAUGGCAGCUCCAGAGGGCUGGAAUUAGUAAUGCUUUUGUCUCAACAUUUGAACUCAAGCUGCUGAAGCGAUUCUUCAAUUUUUUUUCUCCCCAAGUUUCUGUCAAAUGCUUCGAUCCCCGUCAUUCAUGCGGACUUAUUCGUCAAUUUUCCUCGUUCUCCUCCUUUCGUGGUGCCCUUUUGCAGCAGAAGCUAGUCGGAAGGAAUUGAGGACCAAGGAGGUGCAGCGACAACAAAUUAGCCAAAUUGACCUUCCAGGACGGCUUGGUGUUAUUGAUCCAACACGAGUUACUCAAGUAGCCUGGCGACCAAGGGUCUUUAUGUAUAGAAACUUUGUAUCAGAGGAGGAGUGUGACCAUCUGAUUUCUUGGGUGCAAGGAAAGAAAAGUAAUUCUGUCGUUGAUGGUGAUUUGAAGGAGACAGAUAAUCUUCCUUCCAAAUCAAUCAUGCCAUUAAGUAUUGAGGAUCAAGUUGUUGCAAGAAUUGAGGAAAGAAUUUCAGCUUGGACUUUUAUUCCCAAAGAAAAUGGCAGGCCUUUACAGGUUUUGCAUUUUGACAGUGAAGAACCUAAACAGAAUCAUGAUAACUUUGGUAAGGAAUAUAAGGUGCUACCCAAUGAACCUUUGAUGGCAACAGUUGUUUUGUAUCUCUCAAAUGCCUCUCAGGGUGGCCAUAUUCUCUUUCCCGAGUCAGAAAAUGAGAUCUUGUCGGACUGUACAAUGAGUAAUAUGGCUUUGAAACCAACAAAAGGAAAUGCAGUUGUUUUCUUCAGUGUACAUCUCAAUGGGUCAGCUGACAACAGCAGUCGGCAUGCCAGAUGCCCCAUACUUGACGGAGACAUGUGGUGCGCAACCAAAUUCUUCCAUCUGAGAGCCAUAAGAGGGAAGAAGGAACCUCUACAUUUAGAUGACACUGAUUGUAUGGAUGAAGAUGAAAAUUGUCCUCAUUGGGCUGCCACUGGGGAGUGUGAAAGGAAUCCAGUGUUCAUGGUUGGGUCUCCUGAUUACUAUGGAGCAUGCAGGAAGAGCUGUAAUGUCUGCUCAUUGUUGGACUAAUGCAUAGGAAUUUACAGUUUAUUUUCAUUCUCUCUUUUUGCCCGUUUGUAUUUGUAGAAAUGUUGAAAGAGUUAGAAUUAGAGGUCUCCUGGCUUUUCUCCUUUACAUGUUGCAGGUUGAUUUUUAGAGUGGCUUCAUUCCUGGUAGGCCUUCAGUUUGUAUAUUUAAUUCUAUAUUGUGUAAGCUGUAACUAACAGAAUCAUACACAGGACUGGGCUGUUAUGUUUAUACAAUUCAAUUAUUCAAUCCC